AUGCUGUACCUAGUCGGUCUCGGCCUCUCCGAUGAGACGGACAUUACCGUCAAAGGCCUCGAGGUUGUCAAGAAAGCAUCUCGGGUCUACCUCGAGGCUUACACCAGCAUCCUUCUCGUGGACCAGUCCGUUCUUGAGGCGUAUUAUGGCCGGUCCAUAAUGGUUGCUGAUCGCGAGAUGGUCGAGUCAAACAGCGACGAGAUUCUGCGCGACGCCGCUAAUGUUGAUGUGGCCUUUCUCGUCGUUGGCGACCCCUUUGGCGCGACGACGCAUACUGACCUGGUCCUGAGAGCGCGCGAGCUCGGCAUCCCUACGCGUACCAUCCCGAACGCAUCAAUCAUGUCGGCCAUCGGCGCAACGGGCCUGCAACUGUACAACUUCGGCCAGACGGUCAGCAUGGUAUUCUUCCUCGAGGGCUGGAAGCCCGCCAGUUUCUACGAUCGGAUCAAGGAGAACAGGGACAUUGGCCUGCACACCCUCAUCCUCUUGGAUAUUAAGGUCAAGGAACAGAGCCUGGAUAACAUGGCAAGGGGGAGGAAGAUCUACGAGCCGCCGCGGUAUAUGACGGUCGGCACCUGUGCCCGGCAGAUGCUCGAGAUCGAGGAGGAGAAAGGCCAGGGGGUCUAUGGGCCGGACAGCCUGGCAGUCGGAGCUGCCCGUGUCGGCGGCAAGACUGAGAAGUUCGUCGCCGGCACACUGAAGGAGCUCUGCGAGGCAGACGACUUGCUCGGACCCCCGCUGCACAGCAUGGUGCUCCUAGGAAGGAGGACCCACGAGCUCGAGCACGAAUAUGUCCGCGAAUUUGCCGUGAAUAAGGAAACCUGGGAUAAAAUAUGGCAAGCUGAGUAUCAACAAAAAUAA